AUGUUCAACGAGAACUUCUCCUUCGGAUCGACCCCGCACCCGAGCUCCCUGACAUUCAAUGUUGAAGAAUGUACCUCAGCAGAGAUCUCGCCUUUCACAUCGCGGUGCUCCUCGCCACAUUCCUCACAAGCACCUGCGGCCCGUCGAGAUUCUCGUUUUGAUGCAUACAGAUCUACACCUCGGCAUCCCUCCAUUACUGCAUUGACAGCACAGCUACAGUCUCAAGCGUUAACCGACACAGAGAUGCGCUCGCCCUCACCACCACCGAGUGACAUGGCUUCUCCUUCCGACACAACGACGCUUGACGAUGAAGGAUAUUGCGAAGGGCCAGAUACUCCCGCUACAACAGUAUCUGACUUGUCAUACGACUCCAAUGAAAUCGAUCCGACAUUGUGGGAUCUUUCAAUGUCGGACACCGUUGUGGCUACAUCGUCACCUCGUCCCUCCCUAUCUCUCGAAGCACAAGCAUUAUCAUCAUACACAAUGCGUCGGCGUCAGCGACAAGCACUGGUACGGCUACAAUGCUUAGCAACCCGGACACCCGACCUGGCCAUGCUCAUCGAAGAGUGCCAUCCGUCUUCACUGCCACUC